AUGGUGAGAGAAGCCCAUGAAUUGCUUGAUGGCAGUAGGCCAAUACCUAUAGACAAGAUUACGUAUGAGUUAUCUCAAAACAUAAUAUUAGCAUUUGAUAAUAAUGAGCAUAUAAAAAGAAGUAAAGAUGUACAAAUCGAAAUUGAAGCUAGGAUUGGCUUAGUAGUAGAUAAGAAUAAACACAGAUUGAAAUUACCUAUUUAUACUGAUGCAAUAGUUGAAAACAAUUUCUCGGAUUUCCAAUCUGGUGUUGAUAAAGAUUCUUUUCAAUAUUUAUUAAAUUAUUUACAUAACAUGACACGAAGAAAUAAUGCACAGCCUUGUAGUAGUAACAAUAAUAAUACGAGUAUGAAUAACAAUGAUACAAAUUUAAACGAUAGCAACAAAGAAGGUAACAUUCUUAACUUGAAUAAUACAAACAAAAAUGUAAACAAAAAUGAUAUCUCGUCGAUUAGCGAUAACGCAAAUAAUGGAAUAAGUGAACAUGAAAAAAAAAAAAAUAAUAAUAAUAAUUUUUUGAAUGAAAAAGAAAAUUCAGUAUACAAGUUUGUAGCUUUAAAAGCAUAUAAAAGUGUAGAUAAAUAUUAUAUACUAAAAAAUGAGAAUAAUUCUCGAAUUAGAGUUACAACUAAUAUGGAUGAAAGUGAAAAUGAAAAAAAUCAAAGUAUGACAAAAUCUUUACACAAAGAAAAUAUAAAUACAUGGAAUGUUUAUCUUGGUAAUAAUAAAGAUUAUUUUGAUGAUGAUGAUGAAGAGGAAGACAAUGAAGAUGAUGAGACAAGUAAAAAUAAAUAUAAUAAAAAUAUAAAUAAACAAAAUAAUAGUAAAAAUAAAGAUAAUAAUAUAGAUGAUUGUUUAGAUUAUCGUAUAUCAAUAAAUUUAGAACAUACUAAAUCUAUUAGUAAACUAUUUUUAUCAAAAAUUACACCAGUUUAUGAAAGAUAUAAAGAAAGAACAAGUUUUAUAAAUAAAUAUAUGGGUAUUCAAUUUGAUUUAACAAAAAUAAAAACAAAGGAUAAUAAUGAAUUUUAUGAAAUUGAAAUUGAAAUACCCACAAAAAGUAUUUUCAAAGCUAUGUCAAAUUUAAGAAAUAAAAAUGAUUCAAAUUAUUUGCAUUUUAUUUGUUCGAAUUUAAUAAAUAAUGCUAGAGGAAUAUGUAGCCAAUUAAAUUUAUUUAAAAAAAAUAAUUUUAUGAAAACUGGAUUAAAUAAUAAUGAUAUAUUACCAUCCCUACCAGCUUCUCAACUUAAUUGUUCUCAUUCUCAAAGUGAACAAAAAUUGUUUAAAAAAUAUAUACAUUCUGUAUUACCUAUUGCAGGAGAUUACAUGUUUAGAGUUGUUUCAAAAAAUGAGCAAAUGAUUCAAAAGAAAAUAAACGAUACCAAUAUAUCGAACCACGACAAAUUUAAUAUGUUUAAAAAUAUAAUAGACAUUAGAAGGCAUAAUAAAAAAUGUACAAUAUCAGUCACUCAAACAUAUGCAGAAAAUAGAUGGAAAGUUGUUAAAAAUGAAAACGCACAAAAUGUUAUCGUUUUAGUAUCGGACAGUAGCGAUCAUAGUGAUGUAGAGGACCACCAAAAUAAUCAAUAUGAAAAAAUAAAACAAAAUAGAACAAGUGCCCAAAAUUCACCAUAUAACAAUUCUAGCGAUAAUAAUCCUCAUUUUAAUGAUCACUAUAAUGAAGGUGAUGAUUACGAAAACGAUGAUGAAACAAUAAAUAAUAAAAAAAGUAAAGAUCCCACUUUUUAUGAUGAUACAUAA